AUGUCGCAACUGAUCAGCUCGGCGUCGUCCGGUACCCAGUCCAAACCCAAGGGCGCACCUCGCCGCCGCGCCGCUCCACCACCGCCUCCUCCCCCACCUCUGAAAGCAGCAACUCCAGUCCCGAGUGCGCCCGAGCAGACAAAUGAACCAGCAGAUCAACACACGACUCGCCAGCCAACCGAAGAGACGCCCAUCGCUCCGCCUUCACCCCCACCAACCCAGGUAUCGACAACGCCUGUCCCUUCUUAUUAUGCCGAGUCGAUAGCUCCUCCGCCAGUCAUAGAACAGCCCACUCCUGUCACUUCUACGCAGACUCCUUCGCAAGCUCCUACGCCCGCUUCCACCGCCGGCGAGAUAACGUCGCAACAGUAUGAGUCUUCUGCUGCGCAGUCUGCCGAGGCAUCUAUCCCAGCAGCGACGCCCGUCGGACAGCCAACAGUCCAGGAAACCGUUCAGCCAGCCAAACAGCCUCCGAAGCGCAAAGCCCGGGUUCAAGCGCCGACAAAAGAAGCAGCUCCGCCUGUCAAGCGGGUGAAGCGGAGUUCGGCAAGGAGCAACGCGCUCGUUCAGUCUCAGGUCAAUGCUGAAUACGCUGCUCCGCAAGAGAUUGCCGCAGACACAGCAGCACAAGAUGCUACUUCGGCUGAGGCUCCAGAUGUACCAGCUGCCGCUUCUACAAGAAAGCCAAGGGCAGGACGUCGGAGGUCAUCUCACAAGUCGGCAGCUACGGUGGUUAACUCGGAUGAUGAAGGGGAUGUUCCGGCAGCGCCGUCACCCCCGGCUACCAAGACUCGGAAGCCUCGCAAGACGCCUGCAAGACAGAGAGGUCGUCGUCGAAAGACUGCAAGCGCGUCGCAGCCACCGGUAGAAGAGGGGACGGAGGAAGUAGACGAAGGUGGAGAUCAAGAAACGGGAGAAGCCCUGGCGAACGAGGAAGAUGAGGAUGAAGAAUCAGAUCCAGAAGCGCACGAGAUUGACCCGAAUACUGUCACUAUGUUUGGCUUGAGCUGGGACAAGAAGAAUGGCAAAACAUCAGAGCGGGAGAAGAAGAUGGCUGAAAUCGACUGGACUGAAGUUGCACGCAAAAAGUACGAAGAAGCGGAGGCAACAGCCGCAGCGGCGGCAGCAGGAGGAACCAAUCCAUCGACCCAGCCAGCUGAUGUACGGGAGACGAUCGAGGGGCCAGAUGACACCGCCGAGCAGCCCGAGCAGCCCGAGCAGCCUCCAGAAGACCCUGACCCCGGGACGCCGCCAGCGACCGAUGAAGGUGUAGCCUUUCGCAUCGUCGACGGCCAAAUCGUGGCUGACGAAACGGACCUCGUAAUCGACCGCCAGGCUCAGGUUGAGGAGGAAGUCGCCGAAAAUGCUGUCCCCGCCGUAGAAGACAACGACCUCACUCGCCGCGUCAAUCAGAUGACCUGGAUCAACAACCGCCGCCGCGACGUUGCAGAUCGUGUCCCGCACCAUCGUGGGAAAUCCGAUCCUUGGUCGGAAGAGGAGACAGAGCGCUUCUACGAGGCUCUGCGCAUGUUUGGCUCAGACUUCUACCUCAUCUCGAAGAUGUUCCCGCCCAAGACGCGAAAGAUGAUCAAGUGCAAAUUCAUCCGCGAAGAGCGCAUUGACCUCCAGCGCGUGAACGCGGCGUUGAUGGGCAAGCAGACAGGGCCAACGUACGAUCUUGCGUUUUAUGCCCGCGAGACUGGGAAGCAGGUGGAUGAUUUCAAGCAUGAUUUGGAAUCCGUGAAUAAGAAGAUUAGCGAGAGCAUGAAGGAGAAGGAGGCCGCGAUGCAGGAGGCGAUACGAGAGGAGCAGGAGAAUGAGGAGGUGGCGAAGCAGGCGGAGGAGGUCAAGGAGAGGAAUCGAAAGAAGGCUAAUGAGAGGCGGGCCGCGAAUAAGAGGGGGAGUGCGAAGGAGAGGAGGACUACGAAGGCGAAGCAGCCGGGGGAGAAGGGGAAGGGGAGGAAGAAGAAAGAGAAGGAGAAGGAGGCUGCAGCUACGGAUGCGGCUACUGAUGGCGUUGCCGGUGGAGAGGGCGACCGCGAAGCCACUGCUGCCGGCGCGGAAGAAGCUGGUGAGGGAGAGCGAGACGCCGAAGCAGGGAAUGGAGAAGGUGAUGCUGGUGAAGAGUACGACAAUGACGACUUCGACGAUGAUGUUGCGGAAGAUGCUGACGAAAUGGACGUCGAUGAUGAAUAUGAUUACGAGGAUGGGGAUGGUUACGACGAUGACUGA